GGCUGUUCUCAUACAGUAUCUCUAGCUCAGGGCUGUUCUCAUACAGUAUCUCUAGCUCAGGGCUGUUCUCAUACAGUAUCUCUAGCUCAGGGCUGUUCUCAUACAGUAUCUCUAGCUCAGGGCUGUUCUCAUACAGUAUCUCUAGCUCAGGGCUGUUCUCAUACAGUAUCUCUAGCUCAG